AUGCAUGAUCGUGAAUAUCCUGGAAAUGUAACAAUGUACGUUUCUGUUUUAACAAUGGACUUUUGGCCAACAUAUCCACUAGUUAGUGCUAAUCUUCCAGUUGAAUUACAUCAAUAUUCUUCACAUACAGAAUUAACAAUACAAAAUAUCACAACAACAAUGACAACAUUUAAUAAUUUACAACAACAUAUAAAUUGCUGUGAUUCAUUAAAUUAUCAAAUUAAUCAUACAACUACAAUUCCUCUUCAUACUUCUUCAUUAUUACAACAACAGCGAUAUUCUUGUCGAUCGUCGACAAACAUGCUUGCUUCAUCAACCGUAAAUCCUCUUUCAAGUCAUUAUUAUUCGUUAUCAUAUUCUAAUUCUUCUCAACCAACAACAACAACAACAACAACAACAACAACUCUUCUUCCUUCAUUAGUACCAUCAUCAACAAAUGGAUGUUUUCGAUUUCCAAAUGAUAAUAAUAAUGCUAAUAUGAACAAAGUCAAUAUUUCGAAAAAAAAAACUUUACCAAUUAAUGUAAAAAAAUGGUCAAUUCUUCAAGUUGGACUAUUCAUUGAAAAAUUAAUGAAUACUAUCAUUGCUAAAGUCUUUUGUGAACAUGAAAUCGAUGGUAGAGCAUUACUAUUAUUAAAAAAAAAACAUCUAUGUCGUAAAAUGAAAAUUAAAUUAGGUGCAGCACUGGUCAUAUUAGAUGAAAUAAAAAGAAAUAAAGAUAUAACACCAUUAUUGAAAAAUUUUUUAAUUAUUCAAAAUAAUCCCUAUGAUGAUGAAUUAAACCCGAAUGGAAUAGGUAACUGUGGUGUUGCAGAAAAUUUUUUAUGUGAAAAUGAAUUAAUUUCAAAACUUCAAUCUAUUCAAAUAUGGAAAUCAAAUCAUAUGUAUUAUCCAUAUCCAUCAGGACAAAAAUCAUUAUGGCAAGAUUUAUGUAAUUUCUUUCAAAGAAUUUUCCAACUUCAUUAUGACCUUGAUCAAGACCGAAUGCUGAUUUCAAGUGGUUUAACUGGUAUUAUAUCAUUAUUAGCUUAUCUUAUAGCAAUAAAUAAAGAUCUUCGACCACGUGAAACUAUUAUUGUUAAUCCAAAUAAUCCUAUUGGAGAUAUUUAUGAUGAACAAACUAUUCAACCGAUUUUACAAUUUGCAGCUGAAAAAAAUCAACAUGUUAUUAUAGAUGAAAUUUGUGCAUUAAAUUUUGCAUUAAGUGGUUUACGUGUUGAUGUUCUUUAUGCUGGUUCAAAUGAAUUAUGUUCAUCAGGUGCAGCAGCUAAUUUUAUUCAACUACCAUCUAUUCUAGUUCAAGAAAUAACAGCUACACUUCUAUCUGACCAACAAUGGAUUGAUUCAUAUAUAAAACUAAAUCGUUCAUGUUUGACUCAACAAUAUGCAAAAGUUAAAAAGACACUAGAAGAUAUAGAUAGUCGUAUUUAUAUUCGACCAGCUAAAGCAGGAUUUUUUAUAUGGGUUGAUUUUCGUUCACUAUUACAUGAAGUUACCUAUGAAGAAGAGGUUCGUCUAUUUCAAGUUAUAUUUGAACAUGGUGUUUAUUUGGUAUCAGGAUCUUUUCUUGGUUGUGUACAAUCAGGAUGGUUUCGUAUAAUAUUUUCUGUAAAAGAAGAAUGA